CUGAUGGAUGAGUUCAUCUCAGAAUAUUGUCUAUAGCUCGCUUCUACCUUGAUGACCAAGCCGAUGGGCAGGUCGAGCCGAGCUGGAAUAUUUGCCCCCGAGUCACGAAGAAGUGAGCCAGAGAGCCAUGCCUUGACAGAUUGGAGCUGCCGCUGAGAAGAAACAUGGACUAUUACUGUGAUGACUGAGCCGUCGCAGAGAAGAGCCUAUAUAAGACAUGAGCGUCAACAGAGACUUGUGCUGGCUCUAUGUCAGGUACCCGUAUCCGUCCUUGACUCGCUCAGCAACACUGCCAUCAUGAGGUGUCACAUCUUCACCUCGAUCCUCUCUUUUCUCUUUUUCUCUUUGUUCCUCCCUUGUGUCCUCGCCCAGGUCCUCCGAGAUGACUCUCCUAUCUGGGUACAAGGAGCGUUCGAGGACGCAACCGUCACCGCCAAUGACACAUCCUACAACGCCGGCGGUACAAUCACCGUCAACGGCUUCGUUUUGAACAUCCCCAGAAACCUCUUGGUCCAGUUUCCUGCCGCGUGGGUGCCGUGGAGAGACUUUGUCGCGAGCAAGUCAGACUUCAUUGGGUUUGAGACCUUGGUCAUGGGCAACACUAUCGAGGGAGACCCCCGUGUCGGUCAGGUGGUCAUCACCGAGUUCUUCGAGGGCCUCAGCUUCGGCUUCAUCGAGUCCCUCAAUUACACUGAUGGUAGCAUGAAGAUCGAGAACGGACCUACCGUCCGCAUCAGCGAUCCCAACGGUGUCUUCUCUGUUGGGUAUGACGGUGCGCCGUUCAUGACGGCGGAUGAUCAAAGUCCCAGCAUCACUGCGUUUUCAGGAUUUCCUAUGUGUAUCCCCCGCAACGGUUCUGAUCCCUUGUGUCCGUUGAGCAAUCGGCCUACUGGCCGUCCCGGAAUCUUCCGCGCCCCCGACCCAUUGGUCAUGGCCCCCUUCCUCCCGGGCGAUCUCAUCACCUUCAGUGGCUUCCGGCGCGGCGACGAAGUCAUCGCCUUCAGCAUCGUCGCCCAAAACGUUCAGAUCACCACUGGCGAUGACAUUGUCUACAUCCGCAUGGAGCUCGCUCUCCUCGGUAUCUUCAGUCCCAGCCCGGCAGCUGAAAUCGCUGACUCCAGAUUCAUCGGCUUCUCCUCCAACCCCCGCACCUCGGUAACCCUCUACGCCCUCGACGUAAACCCCUGCACAGGCGAGACAACAGAACGCAUGAUCGCUGGCGUCGGUCUUCGCGGUGGACGUAACUUCCAGAACAAGUUCGAGUACCGCAAUGAGAUCCUGUUUGGCUACACAAGGGAGUAUCGUGCCGUAGCUGAGAUUGACGGUGUUCCCAUCACCCGGAGGACCAGGAACGGAAUUCUGGCAGGGAGCUACAUCCAACCUGUGAACGUGUGGGUUCAGACCGAGAUGGACAUCCCGGGGUUGUUCGCCAACGGCGUGCCGUUUGAGUUUCGGGAGAUGGAGUUCUUGACCAAGGGUGUUGGGAGGGACGAGAAUGCGAAUGUCUGGGGUCCGUUGGAUCCGUUUCCGCAGUCGUUGGUGCCGAUUUCUGCGCCGAACUGUGGAGGAGUGAACUCGAGGAGGGGAGCCGAAGGUCGUGAACCUAUCAAGGGUCCUGUGAGAUCGCGGAUCCAAAGACGGAGGACGUUUGGGUCGCGAUUUGGCCGAAUGAAGGCUGAGGCAGUUGCUGGCGCGGACAACAAAGGCACCGAGGAGCCAGAGGUUGUUGUUGCUCCUGCGGAAAUCGCAGCUAUUGAGGAGAAGGCGGAGCUUGAUGCUGUGUUGGAGCAAGAUCAGAUUGAAUCUUUGUUUGGGCCGAAGCCCUGGGAGCAAUACCUCCCACACUUGACGAACCCCAUACUCACAUAUAACCUCUCCCUACGGCCUCAGUCGCUGCUCCUCACCCACCUCACCGACGCAAGCAUCGAAAUGGCGCAACCACGUGCAAAACCCAUCGAGCCUGGAGAACUCGACACUCACCCGGGCUAUGCUCGGAGGAACGAGGUUGUCAGAAGGGCUGACUACCUUAUUCAAAAUUAUCUCGAAGUACCUCCUCAUAUUCAAGCCGCAUACAACAUCAUCACUAGUAGACGCCAAGAUUGGGCCAUGGUUGACAACGCGACAAUAUGUCACAUUAUCGACUCACUCCCACCCGGGCUCACAGAGCGCAAAAUUUACAGAAGAGACGACCUCAAGGAGCCCAACCCCUUGAACGAACCGGGCUACUACCAAAUAAUGCGCCGUAUCCUCACCGCCGAACAUAUCUUCUACACAGGACCCCUAGCAGGACACAUCCUUGAGCAAAUGGGCGAGCCCGGCGGUCCUUUCAAGUACUACCUCAAACAAUCCAACAUCUGCAUCACCAACCUCCUCCACUUCACCCGAGCCGUCUCCCACAAAGCCCAAAAGCCCAAGUUAUCCCCCACCGAGAAGAAAACCCCGUCCCAAAGCUCCUCCAGCAAGCCUCCCUCCAUCGACCCUCCACCCAACAACAGUAUAAUCCACCCACAGUUCCAGUACAACAACAUCAACCGCCAAUCCUACUUCUUCGAAGACAUGUCCCGCGUCCUCCGCAAAAAACCAGACAACCACACUCAGCUCGAGCACCGCACCUUUCUCCUCCCCGACUCUCGAUCCCCCCACGAGUACAUCGACAAAGGAAUCCUCAAAAUCAACUCCCACACCCUCCUGUUCGACACAACCCUCAACAACACCCUUCUGAAACUCAUCCAAGAGCUCGACGUCAGACCAGGUAUCAUCGUAAAAGAGUUCUCCUUCUGGCCAGACGGAGCGGACUCAAACCUGCCAGAGACACCCAGUAGAUGGACCGAUUUCUACUCGGUCCAGCACUGGCUCUCAGACAACUACACCAUCUACCCUUUCGCCCUCCCAUCUCCCAAUCCUCCCUCCGGAAGCGGUUUCGUAGCCUGCAUGCCCAAAAUCUACGUCCUCAAGAAAAAGACGUCGUCGCUAGGUGUAUCGAAGCUUAUCGGAAGAGCGAGGAGUCUUAGUAGGGGUGCCUCGCCAUCUCCAGGGCAGCCAUCAUCAUAGGAAGAGAUAGUAGAAUGGGAAAAGUGAUUAGAAAUCUACAAUAUCCCCAAAAAAACGGGGUUGAAAAAAAGGAAUGCAAGC